GGGGGGUAAGGCUAGAGGGCUUAUAUUUAAUGGGUCUCGAGGGUGCUCUUUUUUGUGUGAAGGCUUACAUCACUGACCUUUUGUAUGGAUUCAUUUAAUAAAAUUAUCUUUUUUAGCUGCAUUGAAAAAGGAGAAUGAGAAAGUGCAACUUGUUGCUGAGUUCAAUGGAAGGAAAAUAAGAGGUUCUAUAUUGUUUACACAAGAAGACAUGGAAAAUGUUACCAUUUCUUUCAAAAACCUAACCAUUUCUCCAGGCUCAAAGAUUGCCAUACAUAAGUUUCCUGUAAAGUAUGAGGGCCUGCCAAAUGAAAGCUGUAGCACAAACAACAUCGGUGAUAUAUUUUAUCCUGAGAACUGUCCUGAAAAUAUAUCUAGAUGUUAUUUCGAUGAUUUGUCUAAGAAUCCUAAAGUCAUGGUUUCAGGAAAAAACAGUAUAUUUGGCCGAAGCAUAGCCAUACAUGACGAAAAUGACAAUAUUUUGGCAUGCUCAACAAUAAAGUCAAAAAAAUCUCAUUCAUUAUUUUUGGUUGGUUUUUUCCAAUCCACUUUAAAUGGAAUUGCUGAGACAAUUGUUUUGGGUCAACCAGCAAGUAACCCUGCUGCAGACACAAUGGUUGACAUUAACUUGCAACUUGUUGAUCCGAGAAGUGAACCUUUAAGUGGACUGUCUUUUGGUGUUUACGUUAGUACUACCUCUAGUAAAGUAGAAGGUUCCUGUAAAGGUCUAAAAAAUAUGUUCAACCCUUUUGGCAAAACAUCAUGUGAUCAAAGAAGACAUAGCACAUGUGCCAUAGGUGACUUGAGUGGAAAACUUGGCUACUUAGAUGUGCCAUUACCAAGAGGCAAGAACCAAUACCAAUUCUUUAUUGAUUCUAAUCUACCACUUUCUGGAGAGAACUCGGUUAUGGGUAACUCGCUUGUGAUAAUGCAGAAUGGCCAACUACUAAUUUGUGCCAAACUUCAACAAUUCCAGGAAAUGAUCACAGAAGUAACUUUAGGAGAAGCUGGGAUCGUAAGGUUCAAUCAGGGAUCAUUUUAUUCACCUCCAACGGUAAAUGUGAGCUUGGGUAAUGAGUAUGAUGACGUAUCUGUUUAUGAACUUGCACCUACUCCUCCUGCAUGUGACAAAAGUAAACUGGGAGAUAAGAUCAUAUCUUUUUCUAAUGAAGAGUCAGAACCAGUAGACGAACUCACUUUAUAUGGACGACAUAGCAUGCUUUUCCGAGGUUUGGUGAUCAGUGAAAAUGUUUUAUCAAAGAAAAUGAUUUGUAAACAAUUGUUACCAAAGAAUCCGAAGUAUCUUUUGAAAGCCAAAACAAUUUUCAACGAGACAUCGAUAAACGGCAUUGUGGGAUCUGUUAAUUUCGAACAAGCCCUUAUGAAUGAAGUGAAAGCUUUUGCUUACUCAGCGUCAAUUGUGAUGUCACUUAGCUACAAUAAUGAUACCAAAAUUACAAAACAUCAUAAUUGGCAUAUCCAUAUAGCUGCCGUUGGAAAUGAUAGCAACAUGAAGAUUGGCAAGAAAUGUAUGAGCUGCCUUGGUCAUUACAAUCCAUACAACGUCUAUUUCCCGGAGAACGAUUAUGCAACCACAUGUAACCCUGGCAAUCAUUUCCGCUGUGAACUAGGUGAUGUUUCGAGUAAACUUGGAACAUACGAUGUUGGUGGUGGAUUGAAACAUUUUACUGAAACGGAAAACUAUUUUGCAAGUUGGCAUAAUAUCAUUGGUAGAGCGCUUGUGGUUCAUGCGCCCAAUAAGGGCUCCCGUCAGGCUUGUAGUGACGUCAUGCCUGGAAGUGGUUUUACGGUGGAGUCCUUGUUGGUGAAGAAUUCAAAGGCAGCAAGGAAUACCGAGAGCUUUCAAAAUGUGGUUGCGGCUGUUUUGAAGAUCGAUACUUGGAGAGUUGCUGAUGUGAAAUAUGAGCCGACAGAAGGAGACAGCAGUUGCUUAACAUAUCAUUUUGUCUUGAUUGAUGAUACAGAAUCUGAUUUGCAUCAAGCUUUUGGUAAUGUGGUGAACGACAAUCGCAAUGGACUAAAAGAGUUUGCUAGUAGUUGUGCCAAGAAACCUCGUUGGAAAAUCAGCAAAGGAAAUGCUGCAGAAAUUAUUGGUGUUGUCUUUGGAAUUUUAAUUUUGCUCGUUUUCAUCUUGUGUAUGUUCCUUUGGCUAAGGAAGCGCCGCCAGGAAAACGAGGCUUCGACGAAGCUCUUCGACAAUACUGUGACUAACAAAACUGCAGUUAAUGUUGACAAGUAAAUUGCACCGGCACUAACAAAAAGACCGCCAUUGGUAGGUCCUUUUUUCCACUCUGCUUCUUGCUCUAAACCAUUUAAAUGUAUGUGCAGCUGGUAUUCUUGGUCGAUGGAAUUGUGAAUGCGCUUAUUGUUCAUCGCUUGAUUCGUGGCAAGUGUGUAUAUUAAAGUGAGCAAUACUGUGGUGUUGCAUGCAAGUGUCUGUUAAAGUAGAGAAUAUAAAGUAGGCAAGUAAUUUUAGAAACAGUGAUGAACUCACAGUGUCUUGAUUAGACGACUCAGUUAUUCGAUUCCUCGUAACCGCGUCUUAGUCUUUGUACAACAUAAACACUGAAAAAGGCAUAGACACUAGACUAUGGAUAAAUUAUUUACAUAUACUUUUAUAUUUACUUAUAUAUUCCACACUGUAAAUAAUUUAUAUUAUUUACAGUGUGGAAUAAUAAAUAAUUUAUGUAUAUAUGCAUAACUUUUUACGGUAAACGUCUUUCCCAAAAGAAAUAAUCUUUGGCAACCGCA